AUGGCGGCCCCAGAGAUUCCAAAGAAGCAAAAGGCGGCUGUCUAUGACCAGCCUGGAACUGUGUCGACCAAGAUUGAGGAGAUUGAUGUUCCGGAACCUGGUGCCGGUGAAGUUCUUGUCAAUUUAACACACUCGGGUGUUUGUCAUUCCGAUUAUAGUGUCAUGACAAACAGCUGGAAGAUGCUUCCACAUCCUACGAUGACAGGCCAAAUUGGUGGGCAUGAAGGAGUGGGCAAAGUCGUCAAGCUCGGCCCGGGAGCUGAAUCAUCUGGCUUGAAGAUUGGGGACAGAGUUGGUGUCAAAUGGAUCUCGAGUGCUUGUGGAAAUUGCCAGCCAUGCCAGGCGGGCUCCGACGGACUCUGCUUUAAGCAGAAAAUUUCCGGGUACUAUACCCCAGGCACAUUCCAACAGUACACCGUGGGGCCAGCGAAUUAUGUCACACCGAUCCCAGACCGGCUUGCCUCGGACCAAGCAGCCCCCAUGCUCUGUGCGGGUGUCACAGUCUACGCUGCCCUUAAGAGAAGCCACGUCCAACCAGGGCAGUGGGUCGUCAUCUCUGGCGCUGGUGGUGGACUGGGACACUUGGCAGUCCAACUGGCCAGCAGGGGAAUGGGUCUGCGCGUGGUCGGCAUCGACCACGGCAGCAAAGAAGAACUAGUCAAAACCUCUGGCGCAGACCACUUUGUGGACAUCACCAAAUUCCCCUCCGACGACAACGGCGCGGCUAUCGUCGCUCAUGUCCAGUCGCUGACCGAUGGCCUGGGUGCCCAUGCCGCUCUUGUCUGCAACGCUUCGAAUGCCGCAUAUGCCCAGGCUCUCCUCAUGCUACGUUUUAACGGCACGCUUGUGUGUGUGGGUGUCCCCGAACAUACUCCUCUGCCCAUCGCAACAGCAACUCCGGGAAUAAUGGUCCUCAAGCAUUACACGAUCACUGGCUCGGCCGUUGGAAACCGAACCGAUGCUAUCGAGACUUUAGAGUUUGCAGCACGGGGUGUCCUCAAGGCUCACGUCCGCACCGAGAAAUUGGAGAACUUGACGAGCGUUUUCCAGGAAAUGGGCGAGGGUAAACUUCAGGGGAGAGUGGUUCUGGAUUUGUCUUAA